AUGAGGUUUUUGCACCUUCUCACACUUGUCGGAGUUGUUGCCGCUUCAUGGCGAACGUCGGAGAUUGAACGCGUUGUGGAUCUUUCUUCGCAAAUCGUCAAAAUCGACACGCUCUAUAUCUUUGAGAACACCGGGGCUGUUUCCGAAAAGACCGUCAAGAUUAUUCUGACAGCCGAGGAAAGUGAAAAGCUUGCUUACAUUUCCGCUGGAAUCGAUGGAAUCAAAGGAAAGCUUAAGAUUGGAAGUCCCGAAAAAGCAGAAAAGCCUGGUUUCUUCUCCUACUCAAUCGAUUUGCGAUCACCAGUUCCUAAGGGACAGCAGGUGAAAAUCCGUGUUGCUCAACGAUUAACUGCUUCUCUCGAACCGCUCCCAGCUAGAAUUACUCAAGCCGAGAGCCAAUUUGUCGUUUACCAGGGAAGCGCCUACACCCCAUCACCUUACGAGGUGUUAACCCAAAAAACCGUUAUCAAAACUCAAUCAGGUGGAAAGAUCAUCUCUUCCACUGCUGUGACCCCACACAAACAAGAACAGGAUAGAAUUCUCUAUGGGCCGUAUCCGAAUAUUAAGGCAUUCGAAUUGAAGCCAGUCAAGAUUCACUAUGAGAACAACUUCCCAUUCGUUGUCGCAACUCUUGUCGAGAGAGUCAUUGAGGUUUCCCAUUGGGGAAAUAUCGCCGUCGAGGAGUACAUUGAACUCGAAAAUAAGGGAGCCCAGCUUGAGGGAAGCUUCUCUCGUCUUGACCAUCAAAUGGACCGUCGUGGACGUCGUUUGCCGGCUCUUCAACAAUUCACGACUAUUCUUCCAGCAACUGCCCGCGAUAUUUAUUAUCGCGAUGAGAUUGGAAACAUCUCGACAUCCGCAGUUCGCAUCCGCGCUAAAUCCGUUGAAUUGGAUAUUCGACCAAGAUAUCCGCUUUUCGGCGGAUGGAAAACCUCUUACGUUAUCGGGUACAACGUUCCAGCUCAUGACUAUCUUUACACAAACGAGAAUCAAUAUGCGUUGAAAUUCAAACUUUUCGAUCAUGUGUUCGAAAAUGUCGCGGUUGAGAAGCUUGUAACCAAGAUAAUUCUUCCAGAGCGCGUCAGAAAGAUUAAAAUCGCCACUCCUUAUAAGGUUGAGCGCAGACCAGAUGAAAUCAAGCCAACAUACCUCGAUACCACUGGACGUCUCGUUGUCGUUUUGCAUAAGAAUAAUGUUGUUGACGAGCAUGGCCAAGUCUUCACGCUAACAUAUGAAUUCGACUACAUCGAUAUGUUCCGUGAACCGCUUAUGGUCACCGCUUUCUUCUUCUCGUUGUUCUUGGUCGCUAUUGUGUAUUCGAGAUUCGAUUUCACAUUGGUAUCGAGCAAACAACAAGAAGCUGAGGCGAGAUUACAAAUGAAAAUUGAAGCACUUCAUCAAUUUGUUGAAAGCAAAAAUGAAGCCUAUGAAAGCCUUGUUGCUGCUGCGCUUGACUACAAAGGGACUCGUGAUGAGGAAGUUUUGAACACCGCCAGAAAACGUCUCGCUGAGAUUCGUAAUGAAAUGAACGAGAAACUUAAUGAGACGAUCAAGGUGCUUAAAACUGACGCUUCGAAAAGUGCUGAAAAGGCUGCCGAGCUAAUCAAGUACGAUAAGGCUGUUUUCGAGCUCACUGACAAAUAUUUGACCGCGGUUGAAAAGAACACCUCGAAAUCUGGAUGUGAGGAAGAACGCAUGUAUGCGAAGAAGCUCAAGGAAUGCCGCUCCCGUGCCGAUGCUCUCCUUGCUGGUUUAUAA